AUGGCAUCGCGAAUAGUCGAAUCGAUAAUUUUGUUGGCCAUUUUUGGUCUUACGUAUGCCCUAACUACACCAGAAAGUGCUUUUAAAAAUGUAUUAGAAGAUGUAUCAUCAUGUAAAGAAUCUUGUGAGCGUACAUUUCCGGAACACACUUACCCAGAGAGUAACCAUCUGCCAGCAUGCCAGCGGGGAUGUCGUCUCUUCUCCAUCAUGGAGUUUGCGGAAGAAGAUAUCCAGGAUUUCAACACCACUAAGGAAAUGUGUAAUGAGGCCUGUGAUGAGGCCUACAAAGACAGUGAAGAGUUGUAUGCUUGCCAUCUAGGCUGCCAAAAUGAAGCUCCAUUCGCUAUGCAGAAACGACAAGAGUUGCUAUCUGAGGAGCCCAGUGUUCACAUUCUAACGCCCAUCCUAGCCAUCCAGUCCAUGUGCGAGAAAUUCUCCCAGUUUGCUAGCUACCGGUUCAGUUCUUGGAUGGUUUACAUGCAGGGGGAUAACGGGCAACUGUACAUCUUUGAAUCCCAGCCUGAGGUUGAUAUCUUCACCAUGGAUCCCAAGUUUCAAGAAGAGAUUAUUGACUUCAGCAAAAUGUCCAACAAUGUGGAAACCAACCUGGAAGUACUGAGUGACCGUGAUUCCACAGACUACCCACAGCGGGAUGAUCUGAGUGAUGAUGCCUAUGGAUGGCUGGACUGCGUGUCCAAGAAGUCUGGCCUACCCCGAUGGCUGUUAGGUGUAACACUACUCUUGUCAGCACUAGCUAUGAUCUGGCUGUGCUGUGCUACCACAGUCACUGCUCCUGAUCAGCGGCUUUCACCAAAGAAAGUGGCAAUCUACAAUGAUCUGGCCUAUCUGCAGGACUCCAAGAAAACGUUCAUUCACCCUGUCUUUAUCAAGAGCCUCCCAGCCAAGGCAAUCAUCGCCACGGCAACAGAUGAUGAUGAUGAUGAGCUGCUUAUACUGGAGGAUGUCAAACCUCAACAGACCAAGAUUUAAGCAAUUGGAGAAUUCCUGCCUGUGUCUUCAGUGUUGUCAUUUAUGUAUGUCACUCAAUCAAACAGGAGUUUCUGCAACAUGUGUGGUUAAACAGCGAUGUAUAAUCAAGUUUAAAAUUUAAAGUCAAUUACAAGAUUUGUUCUUUGAAUGAAUUAAGUAGAAACGAAUGAUUUAUGCAUUGAUGUAUGACACUGUCUCUCAUUAAAUCUGUGUGUUUUGGAGAAAACUGAAAAACUGUUCAUACAGUAGUCUUCUUGCUGGGGUAUUACUUGCCACAUACUAUGAUACGAUACAUUGAACAACAUUAGAACAACAUUAGAACAACAUUGAACGACAUUGAACGAUUCAUUGAUCAACAUUAGUAAAGUUGAUCGUAAGAUUUUAUUUGAGGUUGGCAUGAUUUCAUUUCCUCAUGUCUCUAAAUCCUGGGCAAUUCUUAGUAUCAUCCCAUUUAGGUCUAAUACUAUUACGUGUACAUGUCAAGUGUGACAUUAACAAUCUUGUAACUGGCUUUAAAAUAAAGAAGAGAAAUAUUAGAAAAUAACUUGUAGUGUUUCAAACCUCUCAUCGUCUUAUUACAUGUAACUAGUUUAUGGAUAUCUUGGUUUGAUUUAUGGCUCUAUGUACUUGUAAGGGUAAACAUGUGGAAGGUGUAUUACUAUUCAUACAUGUCAUACCCUCAUUUGUGCACGUGUAUGUCAGAUGAAUUUUGAUUUGGUAGGCUCCCACAACCCAUACGUGUAUAAAAACAGUCUAAUUUGCUCUAUCUUGCACACAGGCAUGCAACUGGGAAGUCACAACAAAAGAGGCAAUUCAAAUCUUUCCAAGACUUUGUACAGUGUUUUUCAAUUUUAAUGGCACAAAUGGGAAGUACAAAAAGAGGAAAUCAGCUGAUCUGAGGAAAAGUUGCAUGCCUGUGUACAUGAGCAAUGGCUUGUUGACAGUAGACAGUGGGAGUACAUUGUAGAUAUUAUUUUAGCAUUAUACUAUUUAUCUUAUCAAAGUAUGCCAUUACUUUUGACCCUGGUGACUCGAGCAUAUAACGCUGCACAUUUUCAGCUUUUGUUUAGUUCCAAAGCUGUACCAGUUGUAAACCCAACCUGCAUUUUUAUUAAAAAAUGACAUGUUGGUAGUAAGUUAACUAUACAUGCUUUAUGAUGUCAUACGCUUGGAUUUUUUUUGUAAUUUGUAUUUUUUUUUACUUUGCGCAUCAUGAGGCACAUUAUCAUUACCUUAAGUGUUUGUAACAAGGUGAGUUGUGGUAUAAUCAUAUUUCUGUCCAUAUUUGAGGUCUUUGAUGGCAUAUCAAACUUGAGUUUCGUCUAGUCGGCACUUCAGUCAAUAGUGUGUGUGUUUGCAGGUUUUAACAAUGACUGCUACUUGCUCAUAUACGGUAUCUAACAAAGUAUUAAUUAUAUGAUCUUUUUAUUUUUCCAAGGUGAACUUUUGGUUUAAAUUUGUAGCUAUAAAUAGUGUUUGAAAUUUUUGCUCACAUUUUAUAAUGGCUAGGAUGUCUGAAUUACUAAUGGUGUGCAUUGUCAUUGCAACAGUGGCAGGCAGUAAAAACUUCAUGUAUUUAGUAUAUUGAUGUAGCAAAUGCAUAUUAAUUGCUUUUUAUUUUGUUAUUUUGUCUUUAGGUCUUCUGUCAUGUAAGAACAAACCAUGUAUAAUGUUUUCGACUUUUCGUUAGUAACGAACCAGCUGUAAUUGCUCACCACCUAUAUGGUCAUGUCACAUUUAUGUGCCAAUAUGGCUACAGUGUGUUCAUUUCCUGUGAUAUGUUUUACAGCUUAUAUGUAUACAUGUACAGGUAUAUCAAUGUGGAGGUUUGUGAACCACGGCUCCGUCUUUGGCUUCGCCUGAUUUUUAGAUCCCUGACUUUGGGGAUUCCAGCUUGAAUCAAUGUUUUGCUACAGGGACAUCAAACUGUAUGAUAUUAAACCAAACAUGAGAGUCUCAUAUUGGGUCCGGAGAUAAAAGGUCAAACAAAUGCUUCCCAUGUUAGAGCUGAAACCAAAGAGACAGAUGAAGCCAGUUUGUCACAUCUCUCCCCACUUGGCUACAUCAUUGCAUUACCAUGCAUAACCUUCACAAGCAUGUUCUUCCACUUGUGUGGGAAAAAAAAGAAUUACUGAAAUUGUUCCAUGCUAUCAGAGAUUAUGCAUGUUUCACAAAAAAACACCUUUUUUUCACAGCUGUCUAUGGAAGGCUAUAGAAUGCUUUGAAGCUAUUCAGCCAAGUGAGAACCAGAGAUUAGG